AAUGACUAAAAAUUUUGGUCAAAAUGCAGACAAAGGUGCCACAUUUUGUCGAUUUCUUGUCCGGAAUCACUGCAAUUCCGACAGCAGGAAACCCUAAACCCUCGCCUGUCCCCCACCGUGACCGACCGACCAUGGCCGGCGGCGACGAACUCGCCGCCCUCCACGAGCAGGCCGUCCUCGCCUCCUGUGCCGCCGUCUCCGCCUCCGACCUCGACCUCGCCUUCCAGCUCCAGGUCGCCGAGGCCAUCCAAGCUUCUCUCCGCACCAACGGUAACCCCUCCUCUUCCAAUGCUGCCACCGCCGUUGCCUCCUCCUCGUUCCAGCCCGCCCCCGCGCUCGAGUCCUCGGACGUCGCGUACGCCAUGGCCAUCCAGGCCGCCGACGCCUGCCGCGCGCACCACGCCCUAGCGGCCGCCUCCGUCCGCGUCGCCGCCCACGACGCCCUCUUCGCGCGCGAGCUCGCCGCCGUCCCGGAGGACAAAUGGGCCCGCGACGGCGACAACAUCGAGCGCCCGCUGGACCCCGCUCGCCCUCUCUUCCGCGUCUUCUUCAAGGGCAUGUCCAGCAAGGAGAUGGUGGGGCCACGGGAGCGAGACCCCGGCGUCGCGGUGCUCGCCGUGGCCGUGUGCGGCCCUCGGGGGGAGGUGGUGCUCAGGAUUCAGAAGCCGGUGGAAGCGUCUGUGGGCGGGCGCAUGACGCUCGAGGUAUUGGCGCUCAACGAAGCCCUCCACGCGGCGCUUGGUUUGGGGAUCCGAAGCAUCAAGAUUGUCACCGAUUACAAAGUGCUGCACAACCAUCUGCUUGGAAUUUGGCGUCCGGCACAAAAGAAGCUUGCAGAUAUGAUAAAUCAGGUUCUGUUGGUACGAAAGAAUUUCGAGAAAUGUGAAAUCUUACUUGUUGAACGAAGUCAACUUCAAUACGGGAGGAAACUAGCCAUGGAUUCAUUAGGGUCUCAGAUUGCCAAAGCUAUUGCUGUUAAUGCUGGCAUGGGGAUGAGAGAGAACUGCCCGAUCUGCCUGGAAGACACUGAUGUUUCUAAGAUUCAUGCAGUUGAAGGUUGUUCACACCGCUUUUGCUUCUCCUGCAUGAAGGAGCAUGUGAAAGUUAAGCUACUCCAUGGAAUGCUCCCAGCUUGCCCACAAGAUGGUUGCACUAAACAGCUAACUGUAGAGGGUUCAAAGGUAUUCCUAUCGCCACGACUGUUAGGGAUCAUGGUGCAACGUAUAAGGGAAGGACAAAUCCCUCCUACUCAAAAGGUUUAUUGUCCGUACCCCAAGUGCUCAGCCUUAAUGUCGUUGAGUGAAGUGAUACAGCCAAUGGAAGCAUCUUCUUCAAAGUACACUGCUGCUGAUGCCGCCACAUUGAGAAAGUGUAUCAAAUGCAGAGGCUCGUUCUGCAUCAGGUGUAAGGUUCCAUGGCAUGACCGGUUAACUUGCUACCAGUACAAGAUAAUGUACCCCGAUGCUCAAUCAGAAGAUGCUAAGUUAAAAAACCUUGCGAAGCACUGGAUGUGGCGCAACUGUGCCAAAUGCAAUCACAUGAUUGAACUCGCAGAGGGUUGCUACCAUAUAUGACUUGCGUGUGCGGCUAUGAAUUCUGCUACACCUGUGGGAAAACAUGGAAGGACAAGAAACCAACAUGCACAUGCCCUCUGUGGGACGAGCGCAAUAUAAUCCGUAAUGAUGCCAGGGUCAACAUUGUCCGUGAAGACAUUGAGGAAGAUGAAGAUGACUACGAGGAUGAAUACUACGUCGAAGAAGGCCAUCGCUAUAACCUGCGCUAGGGCCAUCAUGGUCGUGGUGACGGAAGGGGCAACUACCGUGACCUUUUCCACUGUUAACAUCACUAGUCCAUGGUCCAGAACUGCCACUACGUUCUUUUGCGUCUCUAUAUCCACUUCCUGUUCAGCUCUGUAGAUAAGCAGCAUCACCCUCUCCUGUUAGUAUUAGCUAACCGACUGAUGUGCUAUCAUAUUUCGAUGCUUUUCAUUUUGUGCCAGACAUGAACUUAUGCACUUGGCCGAAAUUGAUGAACACUAUGUUUGGUUUA